AUUGUAGGCGGGGAAUGGAACAAUUUUAGAUGUAACUUUCCCGUCAUUACCUCAUCGGCCUCGGCAGCGAUGUUAUCGCGGUCCCGAUGAUAAAUACGACAACAAUUUAAGCUGGGCUAGUGACUCGUUUGGUCCUAUAGAUCUUUGAAGGCUAAUAUUGCGCUUGGGCAUUGCUUAUAUAUAAUCGAAAGAAAAAUAUCACCAAGAAGCAGAAUCGCGUCAUGGGUGAGACCAACAAGCACAACGCUGAAGCGCCGUCCAUUGAAGUCAAAGGACUCUCCUACAACUUCCAGGAUGGAUCUCCGGGCCUUCAAAACGUCAGUCUGAAUCUUCCAGGCGGUAGUAGGACUCUUCUCAUUGGCGCAAACGGAGCUGGAAAGACGACGCUUCUUCGUCUCCUGGCGGGGAAGCGUCUUGCUCCUCACGGUACCGUCUCUGUGGGAGGCGUUGACCCUUUCCAAGAUGGUCUUGAGGGGGUGACUUAUCUGGGAGUCGAGUGGGUUCUUAACAGCAUCGUGAGAACUGAUAUCGACGUCCCGACGCUCCUCGCGUCGGUAGGAGGAAACGCCUACCCAGAACGAAGAGAUGAGCUGAUCGACAUCCUCGACAUUGACUUGACCUGGAGAAUGCAUGCCGUUUCAGACGGUGAGCGGCGGCGUGUCCAGCUGGCCAUGGGUUUGCUCCGGCCAUGGCAGGUUCUUCUCCUCGAUGAGAUCACAGUCGACCUGGAUCUGCUAUCCCGCAGCAAUUUCCUGUCUUUCUUGAAGCGCGAGACAGAGACGAGACCUUGCACUAUUGUCUACGCGACACACAUUCUAGAUAACCUGGCGCAGUGGCCGACUCAUCUGGUCCACAUGCACCUUGGUCAAGUGAAGCAACGGGGUCCGAUAGAAAGUUUCAAUGUCGAAGUUCCGCAAAAGGCAGCUGAGAAUAGCCAACUCGGAGAAUUGGUCCUUCAAUGGCUCAAAGAGGACCUGGCGCACAGAGGGCCGCGAAACGGGCGACCGGGACAAGGGAAGACGUACGAGUCCCUUGAAGGAAAAGGAGGAUACGGAAAUGAGAAAGUCAAAUGA